CAACUGUAUAUACUUAGCCUGUAAACUGAGCUUCUGUUAGAAGGAAGGAAGGAAGGAAACAGGAGAGGAAGAAAUACAGUUAAGAAAUUGUGCAUACCAUCCUCCUGGAAAUGCAUGAAACAGAAGAAAGUUCCAGAGCAAAGUCUCCAGGGACAGGAUAUGAGCUUCUGGAAGAACUGUUGACUUAUGAUGACAUCUUUCUGGAUUUUUUUAAUGCUUUCCUGGCUCUUCCUGUUUUUCCUCUUAGACUGCAGUAUAACCAACUUACAGGAAGGCUGCAGGAGCUAGAUGGCUUCCUCUUGGAAUCCCCCAGGCAUUUGGCAGAGAAACCAAGUUCUUCAUGCUAUGGAGCAACUGAUGCAGAGAGAGAAAGGGCCCUAAGCUGGUUAGCUCAGGAGCGCUUUCUCCCAUUUCAAAGGACUGUCUAUUAUUUGGAAUACAAAUUAGCAAAACUGCUAGUAUGUCCGCUGGAUGAGAACUAUCCAGUGGAGCGCUAUGCCAUUCGUGGUUACAGUCGUCAGUCUGAUAGUACUGCUGUUUCCAGCAUCCCCAGUUUUCCAUCAACAAAUCGGGCAUCACCUGGUGUGCGCAGGGAUGUUUUGAUCAGAUGUCCUAGUCAAACACGUAGCACCCCAGCCUAUCUAGGCCAUUUUGCAAAAUCAUCUGACCAAAUGUCCCUUGAUGUUUUCCUGGAGCUCUCUGAUAUUUUGAGCUUUGGCCAAUCCCAAUUUGAAGAAUACCCAAGCAGACUCCAGCUCUCAAGGCUCAGACCAGACACUGGUAUAGAAAGGAGAAAUGGAAGUAGUUGGACAAAUGCUAGUGAAAAAGUGAUAUCUUCAGUUCAUCUGAGCAGAACUGAAUCUGAUCAAGAGGUCAUUGAGUUUAAUAACAAUAGUAAUUAUGAGAAGCCAUUCUCAGGACGCCGGCAGGUUUUGCAAUUUGACCUGGCAGAAACAAAUAUUUCAAAGGAAGAGCAACAGGACAAGUGUUUUCCUUCUGGUUCUGGAAGUGCUGCUUUGCAGCAACUUAAAGAAGACGUCCUAGGAACUAGAGCUGGCAUGGAGGACUUUAUGGAAUUCCUCCAUAAUACGUUAGGAAGUCACCUGUUAAACUUCUGGAUUGAUUGUGAAGAUGUCAUGGAUUUCACCAGGCACUUGGAGGCCACAGUUUCACCACAGGAAACACAUCUGUUCUUUUCCAGUGCCUUUCGGGAUAUUCAAGCCAAGUAUAGGCUGGCCAUCCCUCCUGCUUUUCAAGAGCAGCUAGAGGAAAAUAAAGGGGAAGAGGAGACGCCUUUUGCUUCCUUGAGCAGGAAACAAUAUGAUGCCUUAAGACGAUUGCGUUCUUACUGGGUUCCCCGAUUUCUAAUUCACUAUCAGAGAAUCAGGCAGUUAAGGUCUGAACCCAGUUCAGAGGUGCCUAUUGAAGAAGAACUUUUCUGGAGUGGCCGUUUCCCAUUUUCUUUGCAUAUGGCCACAGUGCUUCCUUCUAUGGGUGAUCAAAAGGACAUGGUGAACUAUAUGAAAAGAAACAAAGACUGGAGAAUGAUGAAAAACAGAAAAGGAACUGGGUCAAACAGACUGUUGGGCUCCCUUAAAGACUCCUUUGAAACACUGACAACCAUUCGAUUUCUUGAGGCAUUGAUGUGCGAUCUGGGAGAUGGGGAUGGUUUCCUUCACUACUUGACUCGGUUUGAGGAUCGACAAAAGAUUAAUCAUCUGUUGCUGUGGAAGAAGCUAAAAUAUUAUGAAAAUGCACAGGAGAACCAAGCAAGCCCAUCUGAAAUACAGAAUAUAGCCUGGCAGAUUUUUCAUAUGUUUCUGGCCACUUAUACAGAAUGCAAUUCAGAGCUUAGUUCCAGUAUGCUAGAAUACAUCCAGCACCUUGAGAGAAUACUUUCCACGGGCAGUGGAGACCUGACAUUUUCUGCUUUUGAACCCAUGAUUCAAUAUGUGCUGCCUAUUUUGGGUGGGCUGUGGCUGCAUUAUGUUCGCCAUGAAGUCACAACUUUCCUUGAAUACUGUGUACCAAUAUCUCAUUUGGAUGUCCAAAAUUCUGAAAGCAAAGACCAUAAAAGCAAUCAGGACAGAAGUGGGAGGUUAAAGAAGCAGAAACCAAACACCUAUAUUCAUGGCUCAAAAGAAAGAGGGUUACACAGGAAAAGGGGUAAACAGAAGGUGGUUUCCAAAUCUCCUACAGGGGUGGUUUCCAAAUCUUCCAGCAGAAGCAGUACAGACCAGGGAAGUAGGGAAAAAUCACCAGUUCUUCAGGACUCACCCACCCCUCAAAAUGUGCCAGAUUUUCUUAGCAACCCAGUUCUCUUCAAUGUGUACAAAAAGGCAGCUUGUAAAAUGCAGAAUAUAGAGCUUCAGAUGGUUUUAGGACUGCUACAGGAAGUGGAGGCCUGCGUGGAAGUCCCAGCACAUGAAAAACACCUAAAUUGUGCAGUCAGAUUUCUAGAUAUGUGGAACAAGCUGGGGGUUUUGAGAUCCAGUAUCCCCUUCCCCAAAGAACUGAAGAAAAGAAUAAAGGAAGAAGUGGCCCGGGGAGAAAUUACUGACAUCACCUGGAAUGAAAUCCAGCUUUUAUUACGUUCCCUGGUUGUUCCUACUUUUGAGCAAUUUUGGGAUGAGAUGAGUGAAGGGUUGAAGAAAUAUGGACUGGUGCCUUCUCAGAUUCCAGAAGAACGCUGGUGCAAGCUGGAACCAUUCCUAAAUGUGAUAGCUGGAAAAAUAGCUCUUAGGCAUUUAAGGAACAAGGAAGCACAAGAUGCAUCAGCAGCCACAGCAAAACCUACAAGGGAAGACAAAGACUCUUUCUGGCAGUCUCUAAAAGAGGCUGCAGAAGGCUGGCCCACUGUGGAGAUGCUCCAUUUCAUUAAACACCUCCAGGUAUAUGGCACACCUGUGCUGGAGAGUGGUUUGCAUUUUCUACUGGAAGUGCAGAAAUUUAGAAAUGCUCAUCAUGACUGGCCUGACAUGGCUCUUCUGAAGAAAAAGGUUCUUGUGAUACGUGACUGUUUCCUUGCUUCUCAGAUUGAGCCUCGGCUACAGGUGGCAGUGGAUAAUAAGAGGCUGGGCAGAGCUAUCCGGGCAGCUGAGCAGGCCCUCCAGAAGGAGAUUCCACCUCCAAGUUUAUUUGACAGUCUGAAGGAUUCAGUCUCCAGCAUACUAAUGCCAUAUUGGGCUGCCUUUCAAAAACACUGGCUUAAGAGAUCUGUGGCAAGUGCACAAAGAGCUCCAGUGCUGAGAAAUCAGCUGCUGCUGCAGAAGAGACAGGCCAGGCUUAAUGAAUCGCCAGGCUCUCUUCAGCUGCCACCACUCCAGCAGCCUAAAGAAGGCAAUGGAAGCAGGUCACAGGAUGGUUUUAUAUACUCAUUCUCCAUCAGUGAAGGCCUUAUAGUACAGAAUCCAAACAAAGACAUUCUGAACAUUAGCUCUGCUGUUUUCAGAAGCAUGAACAAACCAAAUGGAUUUGAGUUUCCUUCACUUCCAAUGCACCAGUGCUGACUGAAGCAAGGAAUAUAGUCCCCAAAAGUUCACAUUGUAAAAUACUCUAUGUUUGCUAGUUAACCAUGUAUUAGGACAGUGCUUGAUUGUAAUUAAGAACACACAAACAUGUAUGUAUUUUUCUUCUCUGUUGUUGACAGGGGUGAUUUAACAUUUAGUUAAGAAAACUCAAAAUCCUCUGAUUGCCAAAAUAUCAUCAGGAACACUUUUAGGAAGAUUGGAAUCUAAAAAUAAGAGGUUGUGCUUUUUCCAGGAAAGAUUCAUUAAGUCCUACUAUGAAUUUCCAGUAACAGUCUUUUUUUCUUUUUUCUUUUAUAAAAAACACCUCAUGGCUAGACCCUGAGUCUAUGGGAAAGUCUCAGCUGAUACUUUCCAUCAAAUGACAAGAGAAUAGUUCUGUAACUAAGGCUUAAAAGGGUCUCAUACUAUGAGACUUUACAAAGGGCCAGCCCAAAUUUGCUAUUUUUGUCCAUCAAUUGGUUUGCUACAUUGUUUUUCUGAAAACCACAAGUUUGCCACCCUCUGUUCCCCAAAAAAUUAUUGUAAGGUUAUAGUCUUGAUUUCAGAGCACUAUAAAAAGGAUAAGGAUAGGAUAAAAAAUGAUUUGAAAAUUAGCAAACCCUGACAGAUAAUUAAAAGUAGAUGAUAAAUCUGGAUAUAGCAAGCUCAGAGUGGUUUGCAACAGAAUUAUUAUUUGUAUGAAGCACUUUAAACAACAAAUGCUCCCUUCGAAGUAAUUCUUAUUUGCAAAAUUUGUACAACCAACCAGAGAAAGGCUAGAUAGCAUACUUGCCUGGAAAUAAUUUGUUCCAUUGCAUAGUCGGGAAAAUGGUUCCAAUGAGACAGCAUACUUUUUAUUUUACUAAAUAAAAAACAUCAUCUUGCAGCCAA